AUGCGCUUCACCAUCCCCAUUGCACUUCUUGCAUCCGCAUCGGCAGCACUACCAGCGCCCGCAACAUCUUCGGGUAAACCCAGCCCGCCGGCAUCAUCCGCCAUCCUCAAGGCCCUAGCCGGCACUUACACGCUCCUCAACACAUCGAGCACGCUCAACGACGAGCCCAUUCCCGACGCCACGUAUGGCGCGGCCCCCGUCGGCAACCUCAUCUACACAGCCUCUGGCUUCAUGAGCGCCACCAUCACAGCUACGGAAAAGGAAUUUCGCCCCCUCGUCUCGUUCCCCUUCCUCGCCAACGAAUCAGACGCCGAUUGGGCGCUCGUCGGCAAGCACAGCAUUGGCUACUCGGGCCCUUUUAGAAUCAACACGGCCCUCCCUGCAACCGAGACCGAGGGCCAGGUAUUCCAUGGGCCGUUGACGGUCGCAAAUGUCCCGACAAUGGUGGGGCAGGAGCAUAGAAGGAAUUACACGAUUGUGGAGCGUGAGGAGGAGGGCAAAAUGGUCAAGUACUUGAAGAUUGGGAGUGAGAGGGGUGGAGGGUUCCGUGGUGUGCUUUGGUGGAGGCGAUUGGAUUAG